AUGGAAUGGAAUCAAAAAUGGGCAUUAGAAUUUACAGAUGAAUCAAAAUACGCAGUUAAGCAAUAUUAUUUUAAUAAUUAUGCUGAACAUUGGGAACGUCGACCAAAAAUGAAAAAAGCAUUAGGAUCUAUUCCAAGUUUAAUGAUGUGGGAUGACCAUGUUAUUUUUGGUGGCACCGGAUCUUAUCUUCCUUUACUUCAUCAGAGUCCAAUUAUGAUGGGAUUAUUUGAAAUAGGACAACAAAUGCGACUUCUCUUUCAACAUCAUACGACACCUGAGAAAGCUCGAAAACAUAGAUUAUUCGGCUAUCAAGGCUACAAUUGUCUUGCUCAAUGUGGUUCACAUUUAGCUCCUUUAGGCGCUGAUGGACGUAGUGAACACAAUGACCUACAAAAUGUCGCACAUUUAAUAGUUCUAUUUCCUGUUCCAUUUUCAUUUGCACGUGGUGAUGUUCAUUGUUGUGGUGUUAGUCGACUUCAAACUCAAGGAGAACAUAUUCCAUUACCAUUGAAUGAUUCCAAAUUGAUGUAUCAAAUAAUAUCAUCGGCCAUUGUUAAUAGACUACCACAUAGAAUAGUUAUAUGUGCUGCACAUUGUUUUGGUACAAAAUGGUAUCCAGUUGUUGAUACCGAAGAAAAAUUGAUAGAUUCUUUUGAACGAGAUCCGGAACAAGGAGCCAGAUUAUUUCUUAAAAGAUUACUUCCCAAUCGAAAUUGGUGCUAUUUUGAACAGUUUACAGUCAUGGAUUCGACCCUAAAUACUCGUGUCACGCAAACUGGGUUUCUCGGUCGUCUUUUUGGCCUUUUAUUGAUUUUCUUCUAA